AUGAAUCUGUGUGUGUGUUUGGUUAUUUUAAGUUUUAAUUGUGUAAAAUCAAGAAGUAUUUCGGAGAAAAAUUCUAUACCAAAAAGGACAUUUGACGAAAAGAAUAAAGAACACUGGAGACAGCAAGCACAAUGGACUUUGCGGGCAAAGCUGAAUAAGCCACAAAACACAAAAGUAGCGAAGAACGUAAUACUAUUUCUUGGUGAUGGUAUGAGUAUCACCACACUGGCAGCCACCAGGGUUUAUUUGGGACGAAAGUAUGGAUAUACAGGAGAAGAGGUCAAAUUAAGUUUUGAAUCGUUCCCUCAUACCGGAUUGGCGAAGACAUACUGUGUAGACAGCAAUGUAGCCGACUCUGCUUGCAGCGGCACAGCCUACCUCACAGGUGUGAAGGCGAACAGUGGCACGGUGGGGCUUAGUGGGGCUGUCAAGCGUGGAGACUGCGAAGGACAGCGCGAUACAGCGAACACUGUUACUGGGUUGGUGGACUGGGCGCAGAAGUCUGGAAAAGCUACAGGGAUAGUGACAACAACACGUGUGACACAUGCGACACCGGCCGCUGCGUACGCGCAUUCAGCGGACCGGAAGUGGGAAGCGGAUACUGAUUUACCGAAGCACGGCCUUCGGUGUGAUGACAUUGCCAGUCAGCUGGUGAGAGGCGGCGUGGGCAGUCGCAUUGAUGUUGUUUUAGGAGGCGGAAGAAAGAACUUCCUUCCACGCUCUGAAAAAGAUUCAAGAGGGAAACCAGCCGGAUACAGACGAGACAAAAAUAAUCUCAUUCGAGAAUGGCUUUUAGGCAAAGAAACUUUGGGACAAACUCCUAAAUAUGUUUAUAACAAAAAAGAUCUGUUAAAUCUUGAUAAAAAGUACAAUAGUGUGUUAGGAUUAUUUUCAUAUGAUCAUAUGCCAUAUCACUUAGAGGCUGAUGAAGAUAAUCCAAGUUUAAGUGACAUGACGCGAAAAGCGAUUGAAAUUUUGUCUAGAAAUUCAAAUGGAUAUUUCCUUUUUGUUGAAGGUGGGAGAAUCGACACCGCCCAUCACGAGACCAAGGCCCGGAAGGCUCUAGAUGAGACAGCAGAGUUCGCGAAGGCCGUGGAAGCUGCUCUCCGACUUGUUAACACUGAAGAUACCCUUGUCGUUGUAACAUCGGACCACAGUCAUACAAUGACGUAUAGUGGUUAUAGUGAAAGAGGAUCCGAUAUUUUAGGAUUUGGAACUAAGAUCAACGCGUCUGAUGAACUCCCCUACACAACUUUGAGUUACGCAAAUGGACCGGGGUACAGGCCGCACCAGGAUUUCAGAAGAGCCAAUCUUAUGUUAGACGAUGUGUCUAGCCUAAACUACACGUACCCCGCCCUUGUACCAAUAGUACGGGAGACGCAUGGUGGAGAAGACGUAGCUGUGUUUGCAACCGGACCUUGGUCUCACCUGUUCAGCGGGAAUUAUGAACAGAACUAUAUUCCACAUGCGAUCGCCUAUGCCGCCUGUUUGGGUACUGGACUUACCGUGUGUUCAUAA